AUGAAACACAUUGUGACUAAUAAACUUGUUAAAACAUCAGAUAAACAUGCAAAAUUUCUAUUAGAAAAUUUAAAUUUAUUAAGAAAACAAAAAGAAUUAUGUGAUGUCAUUUUGAUUGUUGGUCAAAAUAAGACACCAGCUCAACGCGCUAUUCUUUCCGCAUGUAGUCCAUAUCUUAGAGCAAUGUUUACUGGUGAAUUAGCUGAAAGUCGACAACCAGAAAUAAUCAUUCGGGAUAUUGAGGAAUAUGCGAUGGAAUUAUUGAUUGAAUAUUGUUAUACGUCAAGAAUUGUUGUUGAUGAAAAAAAAAUGUUCAAAUGUAUUCGAGCGUUUGCAGAUACACAUUCAUGUCGAGAACUUUUACGAGUCGCUGAUCAUUAUGCGCAACAACAUUUUAUUGAUGUGAAAGAAAGUGAAGAAUUUUUAUUUUUACCAAUACAUCAAUUAAUUGAUAUUAUAUCCAGUGAUGAAUUGAAUAUGACAUCUGAAGAAGAUGUUUUCAAUGCUGUUAUGCAAUGGAUUUCAUGCGAUGUUCAACAAAGAAAACAAUAUUUACCUAAAAUCUUAGAACAUGUACGAUUUCCAUUGAUGAGUGCUCGAUUUCUUGUUAAUACAGUUAGUUCAGAUUCACUAAUUCGAUCUGAUCAAGCAUGUAGAGAUUUAGUUGAUGAAGCAAAAGAUUAUCUAUUAUUACCACAAGAACGUUUGAGUAUGCAAGGACCAAGAACAAGGAGAAGAAAACCAAUAAAAUCAUCUGAAGUUCUGUUUGCUGUUGGAGGUUGGUGUUCUGGCGAUGCCAUAGCCAGUGUUGAAAUGUUUGAUCCAGUUACAAAUGAAUGGAGAGCUGUAUCACCAAUGUCAAAACGAAGAUGUGGAGUUGGUGUAGCUGUACUUAAUAAUCUUUUAUAUGCUGUUGGUGGACAUGAUGGCGUUAGUUAUUUGAACAGUGUGGAAAAAUUUGACCCUCAAACAAAUCAAUGGAAUAAUGAUAUAGCACCGACAAGUUCAUGUCGAACAAGUGUUGGAGUUGCGGUACUUGAUGGGUGUCUAUUUGCUGUUGGUGGACAAGAUGGAAUAUCAUGUUUAAAUCUUGUGGAAAAAUAUGAUCCAUCUAAUCAACGAUGGAGUCGCAUAACAUCUAUGUGUUCAAAACGAUUAGGUGUAGCCGUUGCUGUCCUCGAUGGAUAUCUUUAUGCUAUAGGAGGAUCAGAUGGGCAAUCUCCACUUAAUACAGUUGAACGCUAUGAGUCAAAAACAAACAAAUGGUUAGCAGUAGCAUCAAUGACAACACGUCGAAAACAUCUUGGCUGUGCUGUUUAUAAUGGAUUUAUCUAUGCAGUUGGCGGUCGAGAUGAUGCGACAGAAUUAUCAACAGCUGAAAGAUAUAAUCCAAAAAUAAAUCAAUGGUCGCCAGUCGUUGCAAUGAAUUCAAGGCGAAGUGGAGUUGGUUUAGCAGUUGUUAAUAAUAAUUUAAUGGCUAUUGGUGGAUUUGAUGGUACAGCAUACUUAAAGAGUGUUGAAUUAUACGACAGUGAAUCAAACAGUUGGAAACUACAAGGUGGAAUGAAUUAUCGCCGGUUAGGUGGUGGUGUCGGCGUUAUUAAAAUUCAACAAUAUGAUUCCAUACUUUGUGGAACCAACUCAGCCUCUGGUUCAUCAGCGUCUCCCGAAGAUAAAAAAAAAACUCUUGUUUUGUUAUAUCAAAUCUUGACAAAAAAAAUGAUAAAUAGUCAAACAACCUCAAAUGAUGAUCAAGGAUCAUUAUGUGAAACAAUUAAUGACUCAACGAAUCAUAAAAUAGAUAAUCAAAAGGAAGAAUUUUCACCUAAUGGUAAUGAUAAUGAUGAUGGCAACGAAACUAUGAAAACAGUUCGUGAUGGAAAAGUUCCAAAACCUGAUGAUGAAAGAAAAUUAUUUGUUGGCCAAUUAUCAUCGGAUAUAACAAAAGAAGAUCUUCAAAAAUAUUUUUCUACAUUUGGUUCAAUUGAAGAUGUUACAAUUAAAUAUGAUGUACCCGGUGGAAGAGCACGAGGCUUUGCUUUCAUUUUAUUUGAUGAUAAAGAAUCAAUACAAAAAGUUCUUAAUGUUCAAUCACACACCAUUAAUCAAUCACAAAUUGAUCCUAAACCAGCACAUCGACGACCACCUGUUACAAAUCCGGUGAAAAAAAUCUUUAUUGGACAAUUACCAACUGAUUUUGUAGAACAAGAUUUAUCUGAUUAUUUUUCACAAUUUGGAAUUAUUGAUACAAUUGAAUUGCCAAUGGAUCGUGAAAAAAGUGUUCGACGUCCAUUUGGUUUUGUUUCAUUUUCAUCUGAAAAAACAGCCGAAGAAGUUUUACGUCAACAGCGCCAUUUAGUAAAUGGUGCAUCAAUUGAAGUUCGACCAGCCAAGCCACGACCACAUGAACAACAACAAUUACAAAUGCAACAACAAUAUCAAUAUGGAGAAUAUAUUUUACCUCAUCAUCAUCAUCAUAAUCAAUUAAUUUCAUCAAUAUCAGCUCCAACAAUGACUCAUCCAUCAAUGAUGAAUAUUCAUGCGAAUCAAAGUCCCUAUUAUACACAUACAUCAACUAACAAUAAUUAUGCUGGACAAAUUGAUCAAUGGAGCCAAGGAGCUAAUAAUGGUGUACCUUAUUGGAGCACAGCGAAUAGUGAUAUUAGAACUAAUAAUAAUAACAAUAAUAAUAAUAAUAAUAAUAAUUCAAUAACACAAUGGUCGACAGGACGUAACGGUGGUUUAUCAUCAGUUAAUGGCAAUAAUAGUGUAUAUGGUACAUUAGGUAAUUCAGUUUCAUCUUCAUCUUCAGUUUAUCAACAAAACCAAGGUCAAUCUAUGUAUAAUCCAACUGGAUUAAAUCAACAAGGUCAAUAUCCUCAUUCAAAUUAUUCGAAUCAACUUCAAUCAUCUUAUGGUAUAUCAUCAUCCCAAUCAACUGGUAGUGUUUAUGGUAGUGCAUAUCCAUCGUCACCAUCAAUAAUACCACCUAAUGAUAUACAAACUUCAAGUUCAUCAUGGAAUCAAUAUGCUCCUGCCAAUCUUGGUAACGGCAGUAAUCAGACAAAUUAUGAUCCAAAUAUGUAUUAUGCUCCUUAUUAUGCUAAUUUAUUCGCUCAACAGUACUAUCCACAACAACAAGCAGUAAGUCAAAGCCAAGUACAAAUACCAAUGGAACAAACAAUUUCACCAAAUGGUUUUCCAACACCAUCUAAUGGUGGUUUAGACAAAAGUUACCAACAACUUGCUCGAUAA